UAUCUUUUCGCAUUGACAAUUCUCUUUCUGCCAUUUGGCUCAAUCCCCGCCAACACUUGGGGGAGCUGGUCACAAAGAAGAAGAAGAAGAAGAAAGAAAGAAUAAGCUGUGACCUACCCUAUCGUGAAAAGAGGCGACAAUGGAACAGAGUAAUGCUGCUUCUGAAGAAGAAGAAACCGAUCUCGUUGAUUUUUUCAAUCAAGACGAGUCAGCCAUAGCCGACAUCUUACUUCUCCUUUCUAAUUCCAAACCCAGGAAGCCGAUUCAUGACAAGGGUAAUCAUUUCACUGUCACUCACCAAUCCCAAUCCUUUCUUCUGCCCGAUUGGGCCUCUAAAAAGAGGAGAUCUACAACUAAUAGAGCGGUAAGAGCGCCGCCAAGCAAAAAAGAGUUGCCACCAAGCCCCGCAACCCCGCUUCUGUUCUCAUCAAGCGAAUCAGAGGACAAGCUCAACCGCAAAAUCCGCGUAACCCAAAAGAAAAAGAGACAAGUAUUGAAGAAGAACGUCGAGGGUUUGGUUGGGUGCAGGGAGACAUUGAGAGUGGAAUUACAGAAAGUGGGGACAUAUCAUUCCCAGCUUCAAGAAAUCAAUUUGGCAUUGAAGACCAUGAAACAAGAUUUGAGUACUACUGUUACUACAACUACUGCUUCUAAUAAUGGAAAUGGUUAUCCAACAACGAUGCACAACAACAAUUGUGUAGUUAUCCAACAGUUACAACAACAGCAGCCGUACAACAUGUUUGUGAAUCAAACGGAUGCAUCAUGCCCAUCAUCAUUGAAUUGUUCAUGGCAGACCCAGAUUCAGAACUUCCAACAGUCGUGCAGAAACAGCAGCAGCAGCCAAUUGGGAAUGGGGGCUUUACUUUACUUAUCAUCUUCUGGGCCUCAGUUGGUCGUCAACAAGAGACCUGAUCUGAAUGCACCGUCUGAAAGCGGCUACCUUUUCAAUGUGCACCCAUCGGAUCUUAGAAGAACUUUUUCAGAUGCGGAGAAGAAGGCAAAAUAUGCUGCAGCUCGGAAGCUGAGGAUGAACAACAACAGGAUGAAACAGACAAGGCGAAUGUCUUCUUCUUCUUCUACAGCCAAAAUCAAAAUGCAGACAUUCAUGUCCAGAUGAGGGUAGUAGUAUAUAUACAUAUAUAUAUUUACUGUCUUCUUUUCCAUUCCCCUUUUUUUUAAUUUACUUUUUACAUUUAUUGAUUAAUACUUCUUCAUACUCACUAGCUAGUUGAGAUUUUGAACUGCAAUACUAAUAAUAGUGUUUUGUAUUG